AUGCGCAGCCUGCUCGCGAUCAUCUUGGCCAUCGGGCUGUUGUCGGUAACGGUUGAUGCUCAAUUUUAUCCAGGCAUGGGCUACGGUAUGGGAGGGAUGCCGUACGGAGGAGGCUACGGCAUGGGAUACGGUAUGGGCUAUCCGGGCUAUGGAUACGGUGGAUACGGUGGAUACGGCGGAUACGGAAUGUAUGGCUGUGGACUUUUCUGCCGGCUGAGGAUGAACAGGAUCUACAGGCUGCAGAAUCGGCUGAACCGUCUACAGUAUGGCGGCGGUUUCUUCGGC